AUGAACGAACAAGCAGAUGAAUGCAGUCGUGACGAACGUCGUUUGCGCUAUUCAGCGCUGGACGCCAUCGCCAAGCGGCUGAACUUGAAGAUGACGCAGGCGCAAGAUUGGCGACACCUUGCAGACGAGCUAGGGUUUGAUGUUGACUCGAUUGGCAACUUUGAAUUGAGAACAAACCCAACUCUAGCAAUGCUUUGUGAGUGGGUGGCUUUGCAUAGAGACAGCAGAAUCAACCUACACGAAACACUGAGGUCGAAAAUAAGUCACCUAGGAAGAUCCGAUGUAUUGCAAAUUUUUGAUGAAGCCACAAGUUGGGAAGUAAACCGUAGUCCUCAAUCUCCUUCGAAGAAUAAUUUGGAAUCUGGACAAGCGUUACCAUGGCAACCGUUACCACAAAUCUCGUGGGCGUGGAUAUUAUUACUCAGUUUAGUGAAGAGAGUUAGUUUGUUUUACAAGUCACCUGCAGAUGACAGCCUUGUCUCUUACUUGUCGACUUACAUCACCAAUAUUCAAACUGCAUUCAUGGUCUUUCUUCUGUUUAAUGAUCUGUUGCUCUACUUUGGGAGAGACUUUGUCCCAUUCUGUCUUCUUUCACACAUAUGCCUUCUAGUACCAUUGAGUGAAUUCUGGUUCUGCGAAAUGAAAGUUCAUGCUCAAUAUGGGUUGACCAUCAAAGCAGCUGAAUCUAGGCAACAACAGUUUCUACUUGAUAAGUCUGCAGAUAACAACUUGCAGAAUCAACUUGUUGAAAUUGAUAAGAAGAGAAAGUUGAUAGCAAAGGAAUUGCGUCGUGCCGUUAUGCUGACUGUUACCAUUGAGACAAUACUGGUUGCAUACUUCAUUUAUCAGCAUUGCUUCAUGAAGGCUAUUGAAGUGUUUGCUGCAUCUCUUGUUCUACUGAUGGCUGAUUAUGCUUUUAAUUUGUUUUUGUUUUUCAAGUACUACCCCAGUGUGAAUACAGCAUUUCGACGUGUUGAGAAACGAUUUGCACAGUUGUUGCCAAAGAAACCACCAACAAACAAGAUAUGAUUUAGGAAGGAUUCAUGUACAUUAGAGACUUUUCCAACUUGCAUAUACGAACUGAAUAGGAUACAUCUUAUGUUUAUCAUGGUAGUUACUUUUUCUGAGUAAACAGAGUUAAAACUUUAUUAAUUUUUAGAUUUUAAUGUUAUUGUAAAAGUUUUAAUUUGAAAUUGAAUAGAUUAAUUUAUUAUUG